UAUUUGAAUUUACGCACUUACCAAUCAGUCAGUUGAACAUGAAUGUUUGAAAAUAAUUGAGCGAGACUACGAAAAUAGGAGAGAAAUGGUCUUUGAUAAAUCCACGGUGUGUUGCUAUUUGUUACUGGUGUGUUCGUCCGUCUGUAUGGGAUGGUAUCUGAUAAUGGAUUACUACAUGGACGACAGCUGGUCGAGUUCAUUUGGGCAGAGGUGUGACAUGUCCAUCGAGGACGACUCGCUGUACCUGAACUCCCACCUGAACCACCUGAAAAUAGUAGAUUAUUCCGACAACAUACUGUGCGUGACGCAGCUUGACGCAGGCAAACGCAUUGGCGCAUUGUACAAACUGAAAUUUAAAUACUUCGACUUGGAGUCGUCUUUGAACUGCACAAACGACUUCCUUGAGAUCUACGACAGUGACGUAGAUGGGAUGACAGGGAAGGAACCCAUCAGAAGGUUCUGCGGCUCCGACGCGCCUAACAUAUCCGGUAUCCCCACCCAGAGGUACGUCGUGUUCCGCUUUAAGACGGACUACACCAUCGGAGGGGACGGAUUUCGUAUCCUAGCAACUAGAACAUUACCGUACCCAUGCUUUGAUGACUACUUUCACUGCAAGGCGGAGAACCGGUGUAUUGAUGGGCGACUCAAGUGCGACGGCACACCGCACUGUGAUGACGACGCCGACGAGGAAGGCUGCUCCGUGCUCGAGAAGAUAUUCGGUCCCAUCAUAGCGCUUGGUGUUUCCGGUCUUAUCGGCGUUGGUAUCUUGAUCGUGCUCGGCUGCACGGGUAUCUGUGUUGGCGUGUGCGUGUGCACGUGCUGCCGGAAGAGAUGCGCGCGUUUGUGUUGCCGGUCGCGUGGAAACGUGGUAACGCCUUCCUCGGGAGACGAGCUGGUGGCGAAGAAAACAGCUAAAACGGAUCAGUCGGUUGUCGAAGAGUCUGCCCUAGAGGCGCCUGAACGUUUCGAUGGACCAAUGUCCCUUGUUUUGGUUAUGGCGGACCCAACGGCCGCGCGAUCGCCGACGCCACCAAAUGAUAACAUCUCGCCGGUUGUUGGACAAAGGCCGACGUCAGUAACUGCUAGGAGCGAACGAUCGCCGACCCCUGCAGCACAACAAUAGCAACAACAGCACGAGCAAUUGUCGUUUUCUCGCAUAGGCUGCGAGAUUUUGCAAUGACAUAUGGUGGAAACAGAAGAUAUUUUACAAAAGUAACAGUCAUGUCAAAUGUAGACCUUUUUAACUUGUUUUGUUUUCUAGACAUUCAUUUUUUUAUUAUGUUAGUUUCAAGUGUGGUAUUGACAUAUUAUUUAAAAAAAAAUAUGUGUGUACGUUGACCAAAUUAUUUGAUGCACACAUGAUUUCAAUAUCUGAAACGGCCUAUGUAAUGAAACCUGACAAAGGGUUUUCGUUGAAAGAAAAAAACAUAUGAACCUUCAAAGACGCACCACGACACAAGCAUCAUCCUUGGUUCUUUUAGGUUUAAGAUUGACGCUCACAAUUCGAGCGUCAUACAUUUGAGUCGCGUUAUGUGAAAACUGGGCAUAAUGCAUGUGCGUAAAGUGUCGUCCCAGAUUAGCCUGUGCAGUUCGCACAGGCUAAUCAGGGACGACACUUUCCGCUUUUAUGGCAUUUUUCGUUUAAAGGAAGUCCCUUUUUACCGAAAAUCUAGUUUGCGCAGAAAGUGUCGUCCCUGAUUAGCCUGUGCGGACUGCAAAGGCUAUUCUGGGACGACAUUUUAUGCAAAUGCAUUAUGACCAGUUUUCUCAGAACAAGACACAUAUUAAUGAGCAUUAUCCUUGUUCAUGUUGUAAAAACUAUCAAACGAGUUAGGAAACCACCAGCCAAAUACCGUUAAUAUGAAUGGGAGUUAAGCAUGUUAUACUUUUAAAUUAGUGCUUGUUGCUUUUUUUCAAUAUUUUCCCUUUGACAAGUUCUAAAAUAACACACUGGCAGUUGUACACUAA